AUGAACGUGUACAUCGAUACUGAGACUGGCUCAUCGUUCUCCAUUACUAUUGAUUUCGGCGAAACAGUGUUAGAGAUAAAAGAGAAGAUCGAGAAGUCUCAAGGUAUCCCUGUUUCGAAACAAAUCCUUUACUUGGAUGGCAAGGCUCUUGAAGAUGAUCUUCAUAAGAUUGAUUACAUGAUCCUCUUCGAAUCUCGUCUCCUUCUCCGCAUCUCUCCUGAUGCUGACCCUAAUCAGAGCAACGAGCAAACCGAGCAAUCAAAACAAAUUGAUGAUAAGAAACAAGAGUUCUGUGGCAUUCAAGAUUCAUCGGAGAGCAAAAAGAUCACGAGGGUGAUGGCGAGGAGAGUCCACAAUAUAUAUUCAUCACUACCGGCUUAUUCACUUGAUGAGUUACUUGGCCCUAAAUAUUCAGCAACUGUGGCGGUUGGAGGCAGAACAAAUCAAGUGGUUCAACCCACCGAGCAAGCUUCAACGUCAGGCACAGCCAAAGAGGUCCUUAGAGAUUCAGAUUCGCCUGUGGAAAAGAAGAUCAAGACCAACCCGAUGAAGUUUACAGUACAUGUGAAGCCAUAUCAAGAAGAUACCAGGAUGAUUCAUGUAGAGGUUAACGCAGAUGAUAACGUCGAAGAACUGAGGAAAGAGCUGGUUAAGAUGCAAGAGAGGGGUGAGUUAAAUCUGCCUCACGAAGCGUUUCACUUGCUUGGACUGGGCAGCUCAGAAACAUGCCCACAUCAGAACCGAUCCGAGGAACCGAACCAGUGUCCCACCAUCUUAAUGUCCCCACAUGGGUUACAAGCUAUUGUUACUUAG